AUGAGCAAGGAAGAGGUGGAGAAGCAGACGAAGAAGAAAACUGCUACUCAAGCUGCCGUCAAGAACCCUGCUGAUGGUUCCAAUAAACAAUCCAGACACAAGGUCCCCGAAGAGAAAAUGAAGUCUGAGCCAUAUACCAAGCCUGGCUUCAAUUGGCGUCAAAUUGGCCUGUGGGAUAACAUCAAUAAAGAUGAUGCUCAUAAAGUGUUGAAAGCAUCCAAGAACAUUGAGGAGUAUGUCAUGGAUCACUUCUAUGGUGAUUGGUACCACAACUCUGUGAUUCCCAUUGGAGUGUGUUUCUUUUCUUGGGCUUUUGCCAGAAUCGGUUUUAGCUUUUUGUGGUUAUUUGUGGUUCUUUUGGGUGCAAGCUCUGUCUAUUAUGCAGAGUUUAGAAGAUUCAAUAGAGAUGUACGUGACGAUAUGAGAAGAGCUAAAGCAGCUAGACGUUUGGAGGAAGAAUCUGAAACUAUGGAAUGGCUCAAUUCGUUCUUGGCUAAGUUCUGGGUCAUUUAUAUGCCCAACUUAUCGGAAAUGGUCAUGUACCAGGCCAAUCAGGUCUUGAAUGAUGCUGCUCCUGGUUAUGGUAUUGACAAUUUGUCGUUGGACGAGUUCACUUUGGGUACUAAAGCCCCUCGAGUGGAUUCCAUCAAGUCGUAUACGCAGAAGGGUAAGGACCACAUUGAAAUGGACUGGGCCUUUUCUUUCACCCCCAAUGACACUGACGAUAUGACCAAGAAUGAGAUUAAGAAGAAGGUUAAUCCUAAGGUGGCCUUGGGUGUCACAGUGGGAAAGGCUUUCAUCCUGAAGACUUUGCCAAUCUUAGUUGAGGACAUGUCUUUCACUGGUAAAAUGAAUAUUAAAUUGAAGUUGAACGAUAACUUUCCCCACGUCAAAACAGUUUCUAUCCAGUUCCUCGAACCUCCAGUCAUCGAUUACGCUUUAAAACCUGUCGGUGGUGAUACAUUUGGUAUUGAUAUCAUGUCGUUCAUUCCUGGCUUAUCCACGUUUGUCAACACUCUUAUCCAUGCCACUUUGCGGCCUAUGAUGUAUGCUCCAAACUCUCUUGAUAUUGAUGUCGAGGAGAUUAUGGCCCAACAAUCCAACGAUUCUAUUGGGCUUUUGAGUGUACACAUCAAGAGAAUCAUCGACUUGAAGAGUACUACCGACAUCAAGGACAAUGUGUUUCACCCAUAUGUGCAAUUGGGCCUCAGUAACAAUCCUAAGGUUAUUGAAAAGACCAAGGUCAAGAAAGAUACGACUCAACCAGUAUAUUUGGAGACCAAGAACUUAUUGGUGAGUGCAUUGGAUGGAAACCAUUUACUUCUUAAUGUCUUUCACAUGGUUCCCGACCAGAAGGACGAUAUCAACCUUGGGCUUUUGGAAGUACCUUUAGCUGAUUUGUUACAGACUGAAGUCCAGACAGGUAUGGUUAAGAAUAUUCUCGAGUCAGGCAAAGUUGUGGGUAAAAUUGAGUACGACCUCAAGUGGUCACCUGCUUUGAAACCUGUGACUUUGGAAGAUGGAACAAGAGAAGAGUACAGUGAUGUGCAGACUGGUAUUAUGAAGCUUUUGGUUUCUGGUGCUACUAACUUGGAUAUCUCCCACUCGGUCACUGGUGUUUUGAACCCUUAUGCCGAAAUUUAUAUCAACAACAAGUUUGUAAAGAGAUCAAGAAAUUUGAGAGAGACCAAUGAACCAGACUUUGGUGUUUCUUUUGAGUCGUUCAUCACUCAGCAAUCUGAAACUCAAAUUCAGGUUUUGGUUAAAGAUGCUGCCGAAGACCUCGUUGUGGGGAAGUUGGACACCAACUUACAAGAUUUGAUCUUCGAGACUUCGCGGGGACAACAAUGGUUGUCUGCGCCUUCUGUUGCUGAAGGCGGUGAGCCUGCCAAAUUUAAGAUUGGUGCUAAAUGGAAGGCUAUUAAUGUGGACGAUGAAGAGGUGGAGAUUCAAAAGAAUGCGUCUAUUGGUGGUUUGAGAUUGCAUUUAUUGCGUGCUUCAGGAUUGAAGAAUCUCGAAGCCGUAGGAGAUGUGGACCCAUACGUCAAGGUUAUUCAAGACGGCAAAUUGAAGGGCAAAACACCUACAAUUGCCAACACCUCGGACCCUGUGUUCAACAAUGUCUUUUACGUUCCUGUGGCUAACGAGCACCAACACAUUUUGAUGGACAUUUUUGAUGCCGAACCAGAAGGAAAGGACAGACCGUUGGGCUCUUGUGCUGUGGCUGUAAAGGACUUCUUGAAGAAGAACUCUAAAGGUUAUUACCUUGGUUAUGAUGGCAGCAAAGAAAUUGUGGAACAACCGGUUUUGUAUAAUGGAGGAAACUGUGGUACUUUCUACUUUAGUGUCUCCUUUAUUCCUACGAUUCCUGUUUACACACAUUUGCAAUUGAGCAAUUAUGACCAGUACUUGGAACUCAAAAAGAAGAAGGAAGAAGAAGAGAAGAAGCAGGCAGAAGAGGAAGAGAAGUUGAUGAAGGAGAACCCAACGCAAUACGAGUGGAUUGAGUUGGCUGAGGACAAUAUUGGAGAUGCGCCUAAGGUUAAAAUGACAGCAGAAGAAAGCGUCAAGUACAGAUCUGGUAAUGUUGUUGUACACCUCCUCAGUGGUUCUUUCAACAAGCCAGAUGUGUAUGUCCAUGUUUUGUUUGAUGACCAGGCAUAUCCAUCGGUUGUGACUCCAAAAUGUAGCAAUAGAUCAUUGACUGCUCCUAAUGUUGGUGAAGGUUUUGUGAGAGACUUGCCGAACUCGAAGGUAGUGUUCAGACUUUCGAAAAAAGCUGAAGUGAUGGAGGAGAAGGAAGUUCUCGUUGAAAAGAUCUUCAAUACAAUGGAUCUUUUGAAGAGAGCCUACCAGAAACCCAUAACCGUCCAUGUUGAUCAACGUAAUACGUUGAGGGUUCAGAUGGAGUUUGUUCCCUUCGCGAGCAACUUGGACCCAUUGGACACGGUGUUGGAUGUCGGUCACAUUCGCUUGGACUUGUUGAAUGGUGAAAAAUUGAAAUCUGUCGAUUCUAAUGGCAAGUCGGACCCAUUGUGUGCGGUAAAAUUAAACGGUAUUGAGAUUUACCGUACUGACAAGAAAAGAAAGACUUUGGAUCCCCUUUGGAACGAGUCCGUGGAGUUCCCUAUGUUGUCUCGUUCUAGAGACACUCUUAUGUUAGAGGUUUACGAUUGGGACUUGACCCAUGAUGAUGAGUUGUUAGGACGUGUUGUUCUUGAUCUUUCUCAGAUUCCUCCAAACGAAACUACUAGUUUCCGUGCUGAGUUAGACACCCUGGGCUUUGUGAAUCUCCGCGCUACGUAUAGACCAGAGUUUAUCAGACCAAAGUUGAACAAGAAGGGUGGCUUGCAAGUUGACCUUAACGGUGUUGCAGGUGUUCCUAUGAAACUCGUUGGUGGUGCUGUCGGAGGUGCAACAGAUUUGGCCAGUACUGCUGUCAGCUCCGGUGUGGGAGCAGUGGCGGACGGUUUCACCAAGGGAGGUUCUUUCCUCAAGAAGGGCCUUGGCAGAAAAAAGAGAUCUGGAGAGAAGGAUUCGGAAGCUGACAACAGUGUUAUGUCGGACCAAGUAUCCGAAACUUCGCAUCAAACAGGCCAAACGAAUAAUACUUCCAAGAGAAGCAAUGGCAAGUCGAAGAGCGACAAGUACGAGGAACCACCACCAAUGGAGCCUUCAAACGACAAUGAUGAUUCUAUCGAAGCGCUUCCAAACAUUGUACCUGAGUUGCUUCCUCCACCUCAGAAACCCACUGCUCAGCGUCACAUGAGAAAUGCUAGUGGCACCAGUGACUUGAGUUCUUUGAGCCUGGGCACAGGAGGGGCAGAUGCUAUACCAGGCAGGGUCAAUAUUGUCUCUGCUGAAGGUUUCAAAAGUUCUGCGUUGGAGGUGAAAGUCUCGCUCUCAACGCAACCUAAGGCUAAAGGCAUCUACAAGACUAGAACUGCCAAGGCACAAGGAGGAAAGUUCGAGUGGAACGAGUCUCGUGUCUUCAAGGCAUCGCCAGAUUCCUCUUUAGUGGUCUUUGUUAGAGAACACCACGCUUUUGGAAGAAACGUUGUGGUGGGUACUGCUCAAAUCCCGUUGCAAGACUACGUCGACAAGGAUGAAAUAAUUACAGUUCCUGUUGAGGAGGGUCAAGUCACCAUACACUUGAGGUAUAUGUCUGUUUUAUGA